UUCACUCACCCUGCACAUCCUGGUGUUUCACUGGAAAGGUACAUCCCAGACAUGCUGCUGGCAGCGCUCCUGUUCCUGCUCCUGCCACCCCUCACCCUCUCCCACGAGGUGUCCUGGACGUACCAAGGAGAAGGAGAGCUGGAUGAAGAGCACUGGGGACAGCAUUUCCCAGCCUGUGCUGGCAAGCAGCAGUCCCCCAUUGACAUCCAGAGGAGGAAGGUGAGGUACAACCCCCAGCUGCAGCUGGAGCUGGCUGGCUACGAAGGGCCCUUGCAGGGCCACUUCAGGAUGACCAACAAUGGGCACUCUGUGCAGAUCGACUUGCCAGCCACCAUGAGCAUUUCCAGAGGGCUGCCAGGCCGGUACAGAGCCGUGCAGAUGCACCUGCACUGGGGGGGGCUGGACCUGGAGAGCAGCGGCUCCGAGCACACCAUUGACGGCAUGCGCUACUUCGCCGAGCUGCACAUUGUCCACUACAACUCUGCUAACUACUCCAGCUUUGAAGAAGCCAAGGACAAGCCCCAGGGGCUGGCUGUGCUGGCCUUCCUGUACACGGACGGGCACUUUGAGAACACCUACUACAGCGAGUUCAUUUCCAAACUGGCAAGGAUCAGGUUUGCAGGUCAAUCUACAACACUCAGCUCCCUGGACGUCCAAGCCAUGCUGCCAGAAAACCUCUCACACUUCUACAGGUACCAGGGCUCCCUCACCACGCCCCCGUGCUCCGAGAGCGUCAUCUGGACUGUCUUCCACUCCCCAAUUGUGCUGUCACACACCCAGAUCCAGCUCCUGGAGAACACCCUGCUGGACUGGCACAACCGCACCCUGCGCAACGAUUACCGGCACGCGCAGCCGCUGCAGGGCCGCGUGGUGGAGGCGUCCUUCCCAGCCCAGCGUGCCCAGGCACAGUGCCAUCCCGAGGAGUUCACCCUCAGGCUGGAUCAAAUCCAGAUGCAGCUGCAGGACUUGAAGGCAGAGUUGCUGCAUGGACUGAGCCACACAGGUACAAAGCCCAGCACCUUUCCAGCUUUCUACUUCCCUGUGGAGAACAUUGAGAGCGUUGUGGAGGUGCAUCCCCUCCAUCCUGUGUCUCUCCACGCCUUCACCCUGUGCUUCUGGAGCAGAGCCCAGCCCGUUGGCAGCCAGACCAUCCUCUCCUACUCCACUGGGGAGAGUGACCACGAGCUGAGGGUGACCGUGGGCACCGAGCUGGGGCUGUGGGUUGGGGGACAGUUCCUGAGCUUCCCCCUGCAGCACGAGGCUCGGGGCUGGCUGCACCACUGCGUCACCUGGGGCUCGCAGCAGGGCACGGCCACGCUCUGGCUCAACGGGGCGGCUGGCAAAGCCAGGAGCAUGCAGAAGGGCUAUGUGAGCCAGCCUGGGGGGAUUCUGGUGCUUGGCAAGGCCAGGGAUGCCCUGCUGGGCACGUUCUCUGACGGGUUUGCAGGGUGGAUGAGCCAGGUGAACGUGUGGAGCCGGGUGCUGGGCGCCGCGGAGAUUCGGGCGCUGGCGCUGUGCAGAGCGGGGCUCAAGGGGGAUGUCAUAGCCUGGGGACAAACACCCAUGGCACUGCUUGGAGGGGUGCUCCUGCAGCCUGACACCAGCUGCCAGUGAGCACAGCCUUUGCUGCUCUGGGGGCACCAAGAGAAUCCCAGCUGGUGGUUGGGAAAAGCUCAGACUGUCUGCUUGCUUCUCCUCCUGGUGCUGCAGGGUGUUUUUCCAAAACCUCCAUCAGUGAGAUAAAGGCAGAAUCUGCACCCUGGGUUGUUACAUCCCUCCCAGGGUUGAUUUAGGCUCACAUACACAGAUUUUUUUUCAUGCCAAAGAGCUGCUCUCUGGUCAAAGGAGCUGCUUUCUCAAAUAAAAUUUCUUUCCCAUCCCUCACCCAGUCUCAGUGUCUCACCCUCCUUCCUGCUUGUCCCCCCUCCUGUUUGUCACCACCCCAGGAGCAUGUGGAGCU